GCGGCGCCGGCGAGCGCGACGCGGGCCCCUCACGGUCCCCGGCGCCCCGCCUCCGGAGCAGCCCCUGCCGCCGCGCGGACCCGCGCCGCGGAGAAGGUUGGUCCCUGCACCCGAGCGGAGAGGCGGGCGGCCCCGGUGAGCGCCCGGAGCCCCGGCUCCAGCGCGGGGCCUCGAGGGGCGCAGACCUGCUGAGCCUGCGGCCGGCGCGAAGAAAUAAAUGACCCCUACUGUCCAUGCAACUCACAGACUUCUGAGACUCAGUCACAAGGAGAGACGUAGCUCACCACUAACCUUAGACCAACCAGCAAAGAAAGGGUGGCCGUAGGAGGAAGGGAGGAGAGUACAUGAAGGGAAAGAACUUGAAGAGCUCCUUCCAGAAGCAAAGGGGAAGCCUGCUUGGCUGCAGACCCCAGCCUUACGAAGCAGCAGCCCCACCCGGGAGCAGGGUGGCGGCCAGAGCAAUGGUGGGAGCCCUGAAGAUGCCUCAUGGCUGCUGAGCGGGCUGCCCCGUCAGGGAGCAGGGCGGCGGGCAUGCUGUGUGGCCUGUGGGUCCUGGUGCUGGUAUCCUCAGUCCUGGCUCUGGAAGAGGUAUUGCUGGACACCACUGGAGAGACAUCUGAGAUUGGCUGGCUCACCUACCCACCAGGUGGGUGGGACGAAGUGAGUGUUCUGGAUGACCAGCAACGCCUGACUCGGACCUUCGAGGCAUGCCACGUGGCCGGGGCCCCUCCCGGCCCCGGGCAGGACAACUGGCUGCAGACACACUUUGUGGAGCGGCGAGGGGCCCAGAGAGCGCACAUCCGGCUGCACUUCUCCGUGCGGGCCUGCUCCAGCCUGGGCGUGGCGGGGGGCACCUGCCGGGAGACCUUCACGCUUUACUACCGCCAGGCCGAGGAGCCCGACAGCUCCGACAGCAUCUCCUCCUGGCACCUCAAACGCUGGACCAAGGUGGACACGAUCGCGGCGGAUGAGAGUUUCCCCGCCUCCUCAGCGUGGGCGGUCGGCCCGCGCGGGGCGGGGCAGCGGGCGGGGCUCCAGCUGAACGUUAAGGAGCGGAGCUUCGGGCCCUUGACCCAGCGCGGCUUCUACGUGGCCUUCCAGGACACCGGGGCCUGCCUGGCCCUCGUGGCGGUCAGGCUCUUCUCCUACGCCUGCCCCUCCGUGGUCCGCGCCUUCGCCACCUUUCCUGAGACGCAGGCCAGUGGGGCCGGGGGGGCCUCCCUGGUGGCGGCCGUGGGCACCUGUGUGGCGCACGCAGAGCCCGAGGAGGAUGGAGGAGGGGCCCAGGCAGGAGGCAGCCCUCCCAGGCUGCACUGUAACGGGGAGGGCAAGUGGAUGGUAGCCGUCGGGGGCUGCCGCUGCCAGCCCGGGCACGAGCCUGCUCGCGGAGACAAGGCCUGCCAAGCCUGCCCCAGGGGGUCCUACAAGGCCUCGGCUGGGAAUGCCCCCUGCUCACCGUGCCCUGCCCGCAGCCUCGCCCCUGACCCUGCGGCCCCUGCGUGCCCCUGCCUGGAGGGCUUCUACCGGGCCAGCUCCGACCCCCCAGAGGCCCCCUGCACUGCGCCCCCGUCGGCCCCUCAGGAGCUGUGGUUUGAGGUGCAGGGCUCUGCGCUCAUGCUGCACUGGCGCCUGCCUCAGGAGCUGGGGGGACGCGGGGACCUGCUCUUCAACGUCGUGUGCAAGGAGUGUGGAGCGGGCGGCAAGGGCGCUUGUCGCCGCUGCAGGGAUGAGGUGCAUUUCGACCCCCGCCAGAGGGGCCUGACUGAGAGCCGCGUGCUCGUUGGGGGGCUCCGGGCACACGUGCCCUACAUCUUGGAGGUGCAGGCCGUCAACGGGGUGUCGGAGCUCAGCCCCGACCCUCCCCAGGCUGCAGCCAUCAAUGUCAGCACCAGCUACGCAGUUCCCUCCGCAGUCCCUGCUGUGCACCAGGUGAGCCGGGCCUCCAGCAGCAUCACCGUGUCCUGGCCACAGCCCGACCAGACCAACGGGAACAUCCUGGACUAUCAGCUCCGCUACUAUGACCAGGCAGAAGAUGAAUCCCACUCCUUCACCCUGACCAGCGAGACCAACACGGCCACCGUGACCCAGCUGAGCCCUGGCCACAUCUAUGGCUUCCAGGUGCGGGCACGGACGGCCGCAGGCCACGGCCCGUACGGGGGCAAGGUCUACUUCCAGACGCUGCCUCAAGGUGAGCUGUCCGCCCAGCUUCCUGAGAGCCUAUCCUUGGUGGUUGGGUCCAUCCUGGGGGCGCUGGCCUUCCUUCUACUGGCGGCCAUCACCGUGCUGGCUCUCGUCUUCCAGAGGAAGCGGCGUGGAACUGGCUACACGGAGCAGCUGCAGCAGUACAGCAGCCCAGGGCUCGGGGUGAAGUACUACGUCGACCCCUCCACCUACGAGGACCCCUGCCAGGCCAUCCGAGAAUUCGCACGGGAGGUCGAUCCCACGUACAUGAAGAUCGAGGAGGUCAUUGGAGAAGGCUCCUUCGGGGAGGUGCGCCGGGGCCGCCUGCAGCCCCGGGGACGGCGGGAGCAGGCCGUGGCCAUCCAGGCCCUGUGGAGCGGAGGUGCCGAGAGCCUGCAGAUGGCCUUCCUAGGCCAGGCCGCAGUGCUGGGCCAGUUUCAGCACCCCAACAUCCUGCGGCUGGAGGGCGUGGUCACCAAGAGCCGGCCCCUCAUGGUGGUGACGGAGCUCAUGGAGCUGGGCCCCCUGGACAGCUUCCUGAGGCAGCGCGAGGGCCAGUUCAGCAGCCUGCAGCUGGUGGCCAUGCAGCGGGGCGUGGCCGCCGCCAUGCACUACCUGUCCAGCUUCGCCUUCGUCCACCGUGCACUCUCUGCCCACAGUGUGCUGGUGAACAGCCACCUAGUGUGCAAAGUGGCUCGUCUUGGCCACAGUCCUCAGGGCCCAAGCUGUAUGCUUCGCUGGGCAGCCCCAGAGGUCAUUGCACACGGGAAACAUACAACAUCCAGCGACGUCUGGAGCUUUGGGAUAGUGAUGUGGGAAGUGAUGAGUUACGGGGAACGGCCCUACUGGGACAUGCGUGACCAGGAGGUACUAAAUGCAAUAGAGCAGGAGUUCCGGCUGCCCCCGCCUCCAGGCUGUCCACCUGGACUACACCUGCUUAUGCUGGACACUUGGCAGAAGGAUCGUACCCAGCGACCUCACUUUGACCAGCUGGUGGCUGCGUUUGACAAGAUGAUCCGCAAGCCAGACACUCUGCAGGGAGUAGAGCACUCCGGCGGGAGCCCCAGGGACAGACCUUCCCAGGCCCUUCUGAACCCCGUGGCCCUGGACUUUCCCUCUCUGGACUCCCCCCAGGCCUGGCUCUCGGCCAUCGGCCUGGAGUGCUACCAGGACAGCUUCUCCCAGUCUGGCCUCCACACCUUCAGUGACGUGGCUCAGCUCAGCCUGGAAGACCUGCCAACCCUGGGCAUCACCCUGGCCGGCCACCAGAAGAAGCUGCUACACCACAUCCAGCUCCUGCAGCAGCACCUGAGGCCGCCGGGCUCUGUGGAGGUCUGAGCCCCGGGCAGAGAGCGGUGAACUGAGAAUGGCCGUGACCCAGUCCUGGACGCAGGUCCAAGGAGGACAUGGGAGAUGUGGCCACCGUGAGAAGCGCCCGCCUGCCACGCUAAACCCGUGCCUGGGGACGCCUCACUCCCUGGUCCUCUGCCCCUCCACCGCCCUCCCCCACAUUAAAGGGAAAGAAGGGAUUUUUGCAA